UCGUAUAGGAUAGAUCAUCGACCAAUUACUUGUCGCGGGCUGGUGACGUCUCCGGAGGCAUGGCAGCAGCUAGCGCUAGAGCCCUUGCUGCCGCGGUUUCAGCUCUGCUCGCGGCCGCUGUAUUACUCGCCUCCCCGUCGCCGGUCGCCGCGGAGGAGGGGUGCACGCAGCGGCCGGUUGUGUUCGCGUUCGGCGACUCCAACACAGACACGGGCGGCACCGCGGCGGCGCUUGGGAGCUACCUCCCGCUCCCGGAGGGCCGCACCCAUUUCCGCCGCUCCACCGGACGGCUCUGCGACGGCCGCCUCGUCAUCGACUACCUCUGUGAGAGCCUGAACAUGAGCUACCUCAGCCCGUACAUGGAGGCGCUGGGCUCCGACUUCGGCGACGGCGCCAACUUCGCCAUCGCCGGCUCGGGCACCCUGCCGCGUGACAGGCCCUUUGCUCUCCACGUCCAGGUGCAGCAGUUCACCCACUUCAAGCAGCGCUCCCUCCAGCUCAUCGCCCAUGGCGAGAAGGCACCGGUGGACGCGGAGGGUUUCCGGAACGCGCUGUACCUCAUCGACAUAGGGCAGAACGACCUCUCCGCCGCCUUCUCCAUCGGGCUGACCUACGAUCACGUGGUCCAUCACAGGAUCCCGUCCAUGCUAUAUGAGAUACAGGAUGCUAUCGUGACUCUGUUCUACGAUGGAGCCAAGAACUUCUGGGUCCAUGGCACCGGUCCGCUAGGCUGCCUGCCGCAGAAGCUCGCCGAGCUCAGGAACGACGCCGAUGGCGAUCUCGACGACAGCGGCUGCCUCAGAACGCUCAACAACGCUUCCCACGAGUUGAACAACCAGCUCAGCUCCGUCUGCCACAAGCUCACGUCGCAGCUCAAGGGCGCCACCAUCGUGUACACCGACGUCCUGUCCAUCAAGUACGACCUCAUCGCCAACCACAGCGGCUACGGGUUUGAGGAGCCGCUGAUGGCGUGCUGCGGCUACGGCGGGCCGCCUUACAACUACAACGUCAACGUGAGCUGCCUCGACCCCGGCUACCGGGUGUGCGAGGACGGCGCCAAGUUCGUCAGCUGGGACGGAGUGCACUACACCGACGCCGCGAACGCCGUCGUCGCGGCCAAGAUUCUCUCCGCGGAGUUCUCCACUCCCAGUGUGCCCUUCGGCUACUUCUGCAAGACAUGAUGGAUGCUAUGCGUACCAUUAGAUCGAAUCAGACAUAUACGAGCCGCAGAUUUGGUGAUUUGAGUUUGAAGGGCUCCGUGCGUUGUAAUAGUUGAGACGCAUAGCCUAGGGCCUAUAAUCCUAUACCUAUACGAAGACUAACGUAAAUCUCUUACGUAACCUUCCAUAUCAAUACUUCUCUCCCCCUGAUUUUAAGUGGGGUGGGGCCCGCCUUCUCUCUAACCCCAGUCAUAACCUGCCAGCUGUCUAAUUACAUAACAAUUACGUUAAACCAUUCGUAGGUGUAGCAUUGACCGCCUAGGGCAGUUGCAGUUGGCAAUGAAUCGACCUAGCUAGCAUUAAUAACAACACAUGGACGUUGAAAUGUGUUUCCAAAAAAUAUUACUUUCACAGUUUCGAAGGUAUUAAUAGAUGACAUUUUAGGCCCUAGCAUGGUCUCUAA